AUGGCUUCUCGAGGAAGAAUAUUUUAUAGGAAUACAAGACCCAAGAAAUCCUUCAAGACAGAACUCGGCAACGGAUCUUGCAGGACCUGUGGUAGCUCCAGGAGUUUAGGAUCUCUGUUCAGUGGAGGCGAAAGUAAGGAAAAAAUAUCUGAGCAACUACGCCUAGUAACUGGUUUAGUAAUAAGACCUAACGAUGGAUUAUCCCAAUACAUAUGUCGCCGGUGCUACAGAGCGGUCAGAACUGCAUUAAGACUGAGACGAGUCAGUAGAAGAACUGAAAAGCUUCGUCUGAGUAUGAGAGUGAAAACUGAGAAUGUACCGAAACUAGCGAUGACUACAGUCGUGAAGACGGAGCCUCAAACAGACAGCUUACAAGCCAACGAGUUUGGACAAAUGGGUUUCAUUGACAGAUAUCAGAAUUACAACUUCCCCGACCUGUAUGAUAUCUGUAAGAAAGAAGCUGAAGAUACAAAACCUCUCGGCACAACGAGUGACUCGGCGCCAUACAAGUGUAGGACGUGCGGACAAGCGUUCAGCUCCAGGGAGGUGUAUGAUGCACAUCGGAAGACUCACAAGAAUGUGUGGGUCUGUGAGGAGUGUGGCAAGUGUUGCCGGAGUAACUUCGAGCUGAAGAACCACAAGCGAGCCAAGCACGGCAUGGAACGGAUCCACAAGUGUUCAUACUGUGACUACUCACCGGCCACUCAGGAAGCACUCACUAUACACGAGCGUCGCCACACAGGAGAGAGACCGUACGUGUGUGAUCACUGCGGCGCUGCCUUCUAUAGACGAAAAACUUUGGUGCAGCAUCUGGCUCUACAUCUACCAGACAACAAAUACCAGUGUGAUCUGUGCCCGAAGCGGUUCAAGUCCAAGAACUUCCUGCUCAUCCACAAACACGACACUCACACGGGCAAGAGGUACGGCUAUCUGUGUUCAGUUUGUGAGCGACGCUUCCAGAAGCCUUACAAAGUACGAGAGCACGCGAGGAAGGCCCACGGGCUGGGCGAGGAGGAACAGGCGCCUGUGGUGAGGAUCGAGCUGUGA